GAGGCCAAGGAGGCCGCAUGCUGAGCCAGCUGCUGGAGCGAGCCACCGGCGAGCACGACCCCGCCGAGGCUCUCCACAAGUUCGCCAACACGGUGAGCAGCGUGGAGCAGAAGAAGGCGGUGUGGCGGCUCCGCUGUUUCCGGCAGCGCCCUAAGCGGCAGCCCCCCGCCAAUCAGCAGGAGGAGAAGUCGCUGUCGAGCUUUUGCUCCAGCACGCGGUCGCUGGAACUACUCACGUACCAGAGGUCCCUUGCGCAAAGACCAGAGACCCAUUCGAAUGUGGUCAACUUCUACGCCGACUCAGGACGGGAUGUGAUGAUGCCAAAUGCGGUCCCCUCCUCGUCGAGCACCGCGACCCCUGUGCGAGCGGGAGCAUCCGGCGAGAGGAGCUCGAGGUCGACCGUGCUGCCGUCACGAUCGCUGCGCAGCAUCGGCAGUCACAAGAGUCUUGGGCCCUCCGACGAGGAGCUCCAGAAGAGUAGCCUCCGCAGGUUCCACAGGGAGGGGCGCAGGCAAGAGCCGCUGCUGCAGGAGCUGAAGUCGCUGCAGGAGCAGGUGAAGAAGCAGAUGCCCAUGUGCCAGAACAGGAAGCAGCUCCUCUCCUGUUUGGGCGACAGGUUCCGCAAGUCCCUGUCCGCCGCGAGCAAGGAGUCCCAGUCCAUUCAGCUCAUGCAGGCCCAAUACACUACCCCGCCGGCUUCCCCACCAGUGUCGGCGGUGCUGUCGCCGACGGCGGGCCAGCCAGAUGGUAUGUGCAAUCAGCAGGCCUCCCCGCCGGGGUCGUCGGCGCUGGAGGCGUGGGAUUCGGACAGGUACCUCCGAGAUCUGGAGGAGCUGGAGUUGCUGGAGGAGCAGGACGAGGCGCUAGAGCAGGCGAGGCUUGCCCGCGCCAAGGCGCAAAGGCCAGCUGCAACCUUCCUCGCGGCUGUCAGGACCGAGGGCUUCGAUGCUGAACAGCGGUUCUCCCUCCUGAAGCCAGGAUCCAGAGCCAAAGCGCGGCAUGGUGCCUCGUCGAUCGCUGGAAGAUAUCCGAUUGAAGGCAGCAGCAGCAGCAGCUCCAUGCACAGUCCGCCGCCUGUGCCGCCUCCUCCCCGUACUGGCCAGGGCGGUCGAAAGCGUAGCAUGGGCAAGGAUUCAGUGCCGCGAGCUUUACCGCCAGUGCCGCGAGAUCCACCAGCUAAGACUGCCAGCCACCCAGAGGCCAGUGGGUGCUCCAGCUCCCAGCCAAGACUCCGUGGCGAGAUCCGGCGGGUGUUCUCUGGAGCGAUCCUGGCAGGGAGAGUCUGCCCGUCCAAGCCAGCCCGACCUGCUGGCGAGGCAGGCGCGAAGCCCGACUUGGAGGCACGCUCGCUGGCGGCCUCGUGCCUGAGGCCCCGGGAGCGCAGCACCGUCGAGCUGUCGCUGGCCGAGCUGUCCAUCCUGCCGAUGGCGGUGGGCGCGGCUACUCCGGCGCCACCGCCCGCGAAGAAGGGGCACGGCAGCCGGGCGAGCUCGGCGGCCUCAGGCCGUGGCCCUCGCCAGCGGCCGAGCAGGAGGGGGUCGCGGUUGUCCGUGUCCAGCAGUGCGGACACGGAUAUCGACCAGACCUUCAAGGACCAGCUGCAUCGGGGGUUCUCGGUUAGCGCCGUGAAGAACUACCAGGUGGUGCAGCAGCGGAGCGAACUCUUCCAGCCGUCCUCUCAGCACUCCUGA